AUGCUGCAACCUCGCUAUCAGUUCUUAUUCCUCGUUAUAGGCUUGCUAUUAUUGCCCACUGGCUCAACCACCAGCCAGAAAAAGAUAAUCCUCGACAACGACUGGAACCCCACUGCCUUCAUCGCUUUGCUCCUUCCCCUAUACUACAACUACACCGUCCUCGGUCUAGCCUCCGAUACAGCCAACUCCUGGGCUCUCCAAACCGGCCUCCACGCUCUUGCCUCUCUCGAGAUUGCCUCCUUGUCUUCUUGCAUUCCCGUCUACAAGGGGUCUAACUACCCCCUUAUACAAACAGCGUAUAUCUUCCAGAAUUAUGAGCUUCUCUAUGGGGAGUUACCGUGGAAAGGGGUGUUUGCAAAAGAAAACACGACAAAUGAGAAAUUGGGAAAUGAUCCCACCUCUGGUGACCUAAGAAGGUGGCGAAGGAAGCUUUUACUACCAAGGGGUAUUAUGGCUACUCUAAUGUGA